GGCACCACUGACCCACAACAACAACCAUGAAGUGACUUCAUGAGCGUUUCUCUCUUCACAGGCCACAACAAUAAAAGAAAAAUGUUGAAUUUUCUUGGACUUCGCAAGGACUCAAAGAAGUCAACAGCCGAGAAGGAAGUAGAUGGAGGUUUUGUUUUUGUUGGGGAGACGACUGAAGAGCCGAGGCAGAGGAUGCCUGUAAUGAACAACACACAGCCCUCAACGAACGUCGUCGUCGUGCAGCCGUCAAAGCCUUCCUGGCCAGCUCCACGUCCAGCAGCUGGCGUGCCGCCUCCUUCGCACCACAGCGCAGCAGCAGGGGCGCCCCCAGCCGUGGAGGCUGCUUCCACACUCCCAGAUCUCCUCGGAGACGUCCCCUUCACUUUGGCCCCCCAUGUGCUGGCCUUGCAGGCAGGAUUCUCCAUGGUCCCGGACGUGCUGCUGCGCCGUGACAUCAACUACAAUCUCGCUGGUUUUCAGUACGACUUCACCUUGGAGAACUCGGUGCUUCACAGCAGCUAGUCUGUGAAGCUCGGCGCGCACGAGUUCUUUUAGCAAAACUGCAAAAACGGGGAAUUUAUGUGAGCAAACCAAAAGACGUCAAUUAGCUGUAGAGAAUGGUGCAGCCUAAUUUACUGAUUGUUUUCUAUUAGUAGCCAUUUAAAUAAAAUCUCACUCAAAUUUUUUAAAUUUAGGUUAAACUUUUUAUUUAGCAAGCAGAAUAAAUCAACUUUUACAGUGUGUGUUUUAUUAAAUCUUAACCAAUCAUGACUUCAGUCCUGAUGCUGCUCAAUAAUCCAGGUAGAUAAAUCUAGCAAGGUUAAAUCCAGAGGACUUAACCGUGUCAGAUUUUGUUUGUGUCAGGUUAAAGGAAAAGUUCAACACAUCGCAGCUUCGACCACUUUUUGAAUCUGCUGAAACUUUUAAUCAGGAAUACUAAAGAAGAGUUCUGGUUGUUUAAGUCAUUAUUUUCAAUAGUUGGUACUUUAUGAGCCAUGACUUCAGGCAUAGAGCACAGAUUAUGAACAAAAGGACAGGUUUUCCUCCAGGCAAGCCAAACAAGAACCUCCUUCGUUUAAAAUGGUCUCAGGUUAGAAGUUAUAAGAAGCAUAAAGAAGAAAUAGAAGUUAUAAUUUUAUACAUCUGUAAAAUUUAAAUCGUCUGUCCAGAACUUCUGAUCUGCUCAAGACAGUUUAACAAAACUUGAUAGACAUAGUCAUGCAUCUACUGUUCAUCACCCCAGCUCCAAGGUCAGAGUCACACCUCAAGGUCAAAGUUAAAAGGAGGUCUUUUCUUGUCUCACUUGAAACUUUUGAUCCACCCUAGAUAAUUUUACUAAACUUCAUAUGAAUUUGUACCACUACUAGAGGGCGUGUCAAAUAAUCUUUUAUCACCCCAGCUCUAAGGUCAAGGCCAUAAAUCAAGGUCAAAGGUUCUACAAGGUCAUAUAAUGUGCCAUAUGUUUUGUUGGGUCCUGUCCCUUUUAUGUAGCAGUUUGUUCACAGCCAUUUUCCUCCUUAUUGUAAAUGUUUUUAAUGAAGAACCUCAAUCCAUUUUCUUUUU